UCCUGACAACAGUGUAAGUUGGACGAUUGAUCAGUAAUCCGAAUGCUUUUGCUGUCAGAGUGUAGUGUAGUGCCAUAUCAAUUUUUUUUAUUGAAAAUAAAAACGUUUAAUUAAGAAUUAUUUAUAUACAAGUUUAGUGAUGUAUUUUAGGAUAUCCACAAUAUUAUGUUGGGCACUUUUGGUCGCUCUUACAUCUGCUGCACAGAGCAAUCAAAGAAACAGCAAUGGGUUCCUUUUCAAAGAUCCAGAUGCCGAAAUAGAAGGCAGUGGAAUUGAUGGUGAGCUCAAAGGAGAUUUGGAUGAGUCGAGUGGUUCAGGUCAGGGACCUCCUGGCGAAGAUGACGAAGAUGUCGAGAUCAGUUCAAAUGUCGAUAUUAUUAAACCAGAUAAUAGUCCACCAUUUGAUGGUACUAUUCUAAAGAAUGAUGCAGUAAUUCCAGCUUAUCCUGGAAACGACGAUAAGGGAUCCAUAGGAAUUGCACCAACAGAAGAUACCAGCGUCAUUAUGAAUCCAAAAUCAGAAGAUCGUCCUACAUCCUUCUUUUCUCAGCCGGGAAUAUUAGCCGCGGUGAUUGGUGGAGCAGUAGUAGGAUUAUUAUGUGCAAUAUUGGUGGUCAUGCUCAUCGUUUACCGAAUGCGUAAAAAAGAUGAAGGAUCCUAUGCACUAGGCGAACCGAAACAAUCUCCGAACUCGAAUUCGUAUAGUAGAGGAACGAACAAAGAGUUUUAUGCUUGAAGAUAGUGCUUUAAAAAGGACGCUAAAAAUAACGAAUCAUAUUUGCUGCUGGUGACUUUACUAGGGACUGAAUCUUCAUCUUUAGCUUGUAGUCGACCGCUAAUCCAAGUAUUUGAAACUAAUUUCAUUUACAUGGCAAUUUAACACGCACAUGUGCAUGAGUUCGAAAAUGCCUUUGUAACGCAAUGUAAUAAUAUGCAUAUUUUGGUUUGUACUGGUUCGAAUAAAUAAUUGAGAUGCAAAUCAAAAUAAAGUUUCAGGAUCAAUACAUUCUAAAAGCCAUCAAUAUGCGCUAGCAUUUUACAUGUUGUACCGAGUACAAAUAAAAUUGAAUUUCCCAAUUUGUCUAAAGGUAAUCGUUCAGUCUUAUAUUACUUAAAUGUAUGUAUAUAUUAAUGUAACAGAAAAAUUAACCUACAUAUUUUAACGUCCACUAGUUUUGAGUAUACAGUACAUAGUUCGACUAUUUUACACUUUAAUCCCAACACUACUUACUCCCUUGACUGUUUUUUAAUGAUAUUACUGGAGACUUGUACUGUAUACUUGAAUAUUACUUCAAAGUACCUAGGAAUAAUUAAUGUUACAAAUAAGUGAAAUAGAAUAUGGCAGUUUCAAUAUUGUAACAUGGUGUAUCAUGCAAAAUUUUGCUUUUAAUCAUUUUAUGCAGUUUACAUUCCUUUUAAUAUAUUUUUUUUAGAAAUGUUUUGAAGGCUCCAUAUAAUCCUGUAGUAAGUUAAACUACCCGCCGGAUUUUAGAUAAUUAAUUUGAAGUAAAUAAUAUUCCAAUUGAGGGCUUCUUCAUGUUGUGCCAGCAUUAUUAGAGAAAUAUUUUUUUUAUUUUCACAAAAGCAAUUUCAGCGGUCAGUUUCGAACUGCUUGGCUAAAUAAUAAUGGAAAAAGAUGUAACAGAAAAUUUUCAACUCUCCUAUUAGUAGUUGGCUUAUAGCUAAGGUGUAUUAAGUGAGGUAAUACAUCGAAUAUGUGAUUAUAUUAUUCGGUUUUUCGAUGUGUAAUGUCUGAUUAGUUGCAAGUAAGUGUUGAUGGUAAAAUAAAACGGCAUUUAUUACGUCGUAGGCAGCUCAUAAAGUUUAAAUUUAUUACGAUUAAGUCUGAUUAUACAUAUAAUACAAAUGAACGUCAAAUCAACAUCAGCUAAGCAGAACAUAUCCCAUGAAACUAUAUCAACUUUAAACUGCUCAAAGCCAAAAAGUUGAAUUAUAAGCAAUAUUUUUACAUUCUUUUGUAACUAAUAACAAUUUUCCGUUUACAUCAUGGAAUAAGGAUGACAAAAUACCGUCAGUAUAAUCAAAUAUUAGAUGUAUUGGAUAUUAGAGCAUAUGGUAGCAAUUACGUAAUUACAUUUGAAAAUAUAUGUCAAGUCAUUUCUAUACUAAAUUUAGAAUUUAUUCACUUCAUUUAGUUAACUUAGCUUCAUUUAAAAUCCUGGUUUGAUCACUAAGCAUGACAAUAAUAAUUUUUUCAUUCGAAUCGUGAGCUGGACCAUGCAAAUAAUGAACACUUAUUUCAGAUGUUUCGCCACGUUAUCAUAUGCUCUUAUGUAAUAUUAGGCAUAAAAAUAGAAAUAAUAAUAAUAAUAUAGCUUUUAGACAUAACAAUUAAUACGGUAGCUAAAUGUUAAUGAUCCCUUGUUGGAUUUUGUUUAUUUUUAUACUAUUUAAAAAUUUUCUGUUAUAUCAUUGUUUGCCAAAGCAAGCUAAAAUGGCUUUGGUUUAUUAUAUAGCUUUGUAAAGUCAAUAUUUUACACAUUUUAUUUAAUUUAAAGUAUCUACAUAUUAUUUAUUUAACCUAUCAUUUGAUAUCAAUAAUAAUAAAAUUGUAUCGAUAAUACUAUUACUUACUACAAUAACAUUUUUUAAUAAACCGAUAGUUAUUCAAAAUCGAAAUGUAUAGUAUUAGAAUAAUGUUGUACAAUCUGGUUGUAAAUAAAAUCAAAAUAUAAAACUCUAACCUGG